AUGCGUUCUACCGCCUUUGCUUUGGCCGCCGUUGCUGGCAUGGCCGCUGCCUCUCCCAUGCCCCAAGACCUUGACUUCUCCAUGCUGGACUCUGCUCCUGAGGUCGCUACUGGCCCUACUGGUGUCGCCGUUGUCGAGGAGGCUUCCAUUGCUAGCACUGUUGCCGUCAGCACUGUUGCUACUGCCAGCGCUACUUCCACUGCUGGCGCCAAGCGUGACCUUGAGAAGCGCACUUUCGGCCUCUUGAACCCCUGGUACUUCUACAAGGGUCUCGAGUGUGAGAUCUUCCACAACUGUGGCAGCCAGGGCAGCUCCCAGCAGGGCUGGGGCUGCGGCAAGCCCACCCAGCCCAGCGCUACCUGGUCUGUAAUCACCACCUCUGCUGCUCCCACCAACCUUCCCGCCUACUCUUACAGCACUUCCGCUGGCUCUUCUACCGCUGAUGCCGUCACUGGCUCGUCCUCCGCUGCUGCCUCGACCUCCAGCUCGGCUGCUGCCACUAAAACUCAAUCUCCAAGCACUACUGCUGAUUCUAGUGCCCCCUGCCCUACCACACCCGAGGAGGGCACUUAUUGUGGCUUCAUAAACCCAGAGGACGCCUCGGACAAGACUCAGUACACUCAGGUCUUCAAGGACUUGGACGCCGCAGUCUCUGCCAACUCUUACAUUGGUCUUUACACCCUGACCUCUUACAACGCCCAGGAGUGUGCUGCCAAGUGUGAUGACACCGACCUCUGCACUUCGUUCAACAUCUACAUUGAGCGUGACCCCAGCCUUGCCCCUGCCAACAACGACAACACCACCUACACUCCCUGGGAGACUUACUGCCCUAACCCCUCUUCCAUCACCAACUACAAGUGCACUCUCUGGGGAUCUACUCUCUCUGCCGACCUCGCCACCAACAAGGGCGACUACCGCGAGCAGUUCCAGACUGUCAUCACUGGUUCCGAUGCCUAUGACAAGACCAACGUCACUACUCCUUCCUGCUCGGUCCCUGCUGCCCCUGCCAGCACAUCCGCCAUCUCUUCCUCAGUUGUCUCUCCCUCCAAGCCCACCGGACCUGCCGCUCCCCCCGCUGGUGGCCCCGGCCCCAAGAAGCCCACCCUGAAGCCCGGCCAGAACUGCGGUCCCAAGGCCAUCUCCGCUCCCAAGUACCACAUGGGCAGCAAGUUCAUCCCCGGCCCCUUCAACCCCCAGGUCUGCGCCAACUACGCCAUUGAGCAGAACACCUUCAACCGCAACGCCGCCGUCAAGGCCGGCAAGCACAGCUACACUCCUUGCAAGAUGUUCAACUCUUACUUCUUGCACAAGGACAACAAGCCUUUCGGUACUUACUGCUCGCUUUACGGCGCUGCUCUUGACCACAACAAGUACGCCACUUUCGGUGGUAGCGGCUCUUACAAGACUCACCAGUCUUGGACUUUCGAGUUUGAGUUUGAUGUUGAGUACACCAGAUGUUAA